AUGCCAGUAAGAUUACAAACGGAUGACUCCCCUCCAGGGGAUCUGGAGCAAUCCAGGCAGGGACAAGAGUCACAAGACUACAUCAGUUCACAUGGGAAUGAUCUCGAUGAGAAGCCGACAAAUCUCGUUGACUGGGAUGGCCCCAAUGACCCAAAAAAUCCUCACAACUGGCCCAAGUGGAAGAAAGCCUUGUGCACCAUCUCCAUGGGCACGUUGAAUUUCUGUGUUACAUUCUCGUCAAGUGUAAUGACUUCAACAGUCAAGGCUUUGGCGGAGGAGUUCGAUGUCUCGGACGUUGUUGCAACCCUUGCAACUUCGCUCUUCGUCUUGGGGUUUGCUGUUGGGCCCAUAAUAUGGGGACCGCUUUCUGAGCAUUCAGGACGACGAAACCCUAUGCUCUUCGGCUUUUUCGUCUUUGCCGUAUUCCAAAUUCCGGUUGCGGUCGCACAAAAUCUAUACACCAUCAUGAUAUGUCGAUUCGUUGGCUGCCUUUUCGGCUCGGCCACCCUUGCUAUCGGAGGUGGCACUUUGGCGGAUUUUUGGGCUCCCGUGGACAGAGGAGUGGCUGUGUGUGUGGUUUUUGCAGCGACCUUUGGUGGCCCUGUUGCAGGCCCCAUCAUUGGAGGCUUUAUCACGCAAUCAUUUCUUGGAUGGCGGUGGACACAAUGGAUUACUCUCAUUAUGAGUGCCUUCUUUGGUCUCAUGGCGCUGUUCCUGAUUCCAGAAACUGCGGCGCCAAUCCUUUUACAAUCAAGGGCAAAGAAAAUCCGGCACAGCACCCAAAAUUGGGCCAUGCACUCAAAGAACGAAGAGGAACGUAUCACCAUGGGUACCAUUGCGUAUAAUGUCGGCGUCCGUCCGAUUAUCAUGUGUGUCCAAGAGCCAAUUCUGAUGUUGAUCAACAUCUACAUUGCACUGGUAUACGGUAUCCUCUACCUCUUCUUUGAAGCAUUCCCCGUCUCCUUUGAGGAACAACGCGGUUGGAAUGAGGGUGUGAGUGCGCUCCCUUUUCUUGGUAUUCUCAUCGGUGUCAUUGGCGGAGUUAUCUUUAUCAUCAUCUACACCAAGAAACGCUUUGCGCGGAAAUUCGCGCAGCAUGGCAAGGUUGUUCCAGAAGAGCGCCUUCCGCCUAUGAUAGUGGGUGCAAUCAUGCUACCUAUUGGUCUUUUUUGGUUUGCGUGGACAUCUUCUCCUCACAUUACCUGGGUACCGCAAGUCAUAUCAACUAUUCCGAUCGGCAUGGGCCUGAUGAUGAUCUUCUUGCAAGGACUCACAUAUAUCAUUGAUGUCUAUCUGUGGUAUGCAAACUCUGCUCUUGUGUCGAAUACAUUCAUGCGCUCCCUUGUUGGUGCUGGAUUUCCACUGUUUGCGACUGGGAUGUUUCACAACCUAGGUGUGGCUUGGGCGUCUAGUCUCCUUGCAUUUUUAUGUAUAGCAUUGGUUCCAGUGCCGGUUGUGUUCUUCAUCUAUGGGGCCCGGAUUCGCAAGCUUUCGAAAUUUAGUCCGAAUGUGUGA